AUGGAAAACGUGAAUCAAGUUAGUAUCUCAACAAUGCAACCAAGACAACCAAGGCCUAGAUUUCAGUUCACAACGCAGCAUAGAACACUAUUGGAAGGUGUAUAUCAAGAAACACCAUACCCCGAUAAAGCUCGAAAGCUUCAAUUAGCUGCGCAGAUUGGCGCAACUGACGUUCAGGUUAACGAAUGGUUUCAACGAAGAAGAAAGAAAGAUCCUACAAUGAUUUCGAACAGGGCUUUAGCUAAUAGUGCGGCAGCGGCAAACACAGCAUUAAAUUCUACCACACCAGCACCAUCCACUACCUCCGCUAUCAUCACUAUACCUCUGAACCCACCCGCAAGUAGUUCCAGUACUACUAUGUCUCAAGGGCAUACGAAUAUGGGAGCAAUUACUUCACCAUAUUUUUCAUAUACUAGUCAUGUAAAUCCACCAAUUCCAAAUCAUGAGGUUUAUGUAUAUAUUGGAGAUAAUCAAGCGAGUCAUGCCCUUCCUAUAACUCAAAACACUGAGAGUAAUAAUUCUGAAAAACAGGAAGAGCCUGUAAAGACAAAAUCAGAGACUGAUAAUUCAAAGGAACUGAUUGAAACCAUUAUGCCAUACUUGAAAACGCCAGAAUUAGGACUGAUCUCUUCUGAUGUAGUUCAUGACUUCCUUCAUAAAGUCAAAGACACUCCUCUAAGUGAACGUGGAUUAAUUCUAACAAUUAUUGAUCAGACGAAAGAUUUAGAUACGCUUAAAAGUUUAGUAUCUGAAAGAGCUCAUUACUUAUUAAGGAACUGGAUAAUCGAUGAAGCAAAAACACCUGAUAGUGGAUUGUUACUCAGGUUGCUUCAAACAGUGAAUCACCUUCCAAUCGAUAUCGAGGCCUUGUCAGCAAGUGGGCUUGGCAAAGUGAUAAAUAAUAAAAGUGUAAAAGAUUCACAAAUAGAAGGGGUCUCUGCACUAGCAUCUUUGCUUAUAAGCAAAUGGAAAGAAGAAAAGAAACAACACGAUGCUAAGCUUGUGCAAGAGGCAAAACUAGCAGCAGCAUCUAAUGUCGCAGCUAACGCAAGUAAGGCAGGGGUACGAACCAGCUCAACAUUGUCGAAAACAUCACAAACUAACCCAUCAACAUCCAAAGUAUCAAAGGGAAAGGAGGCAUCAACUCGUAUUAAGCUAUCAACCGAGUCUAAAGCGAAGGAAAUCGAUCCUAAAUUGCAAGCGAGGCCUGAUACAAAUAUUUUUGAUGAAAUUCUCGGAUUGAAUACUGCAAAGCCAGUGAAGCCAGUUACCAAAACAAUCAAAAAAGAUCAGCAAAAACCAAUGGCAGUUGUCAAAGUUGCUGCUGAAAAGCAAGAUCCUUUAAUGAUUAUAGGAACUUCUAAAAGUUCGUCAGAAGUAAUAGAAGAUGGCGGAUCAUCGGUAGUAAAAAAAGAGCAAGAGAACGGACAGUCAUUGACUAUAAAGGAAGCUAAAAAGGAUAUCAAAGUCAAAAUAUUUGAAGAGGAAUACGAUGAAAUGGAAGGUGAAUUUUCAGCAGCCAAUACGCCACAUCAAUUUGGAAAUGCACGAGAUCUUGAUAGAAAUGAAGGGUUGACGGCUUUCAAAAGAGUACGGAAAGCGCCAGCAAUUCAAUGGUAUACUGCUUCCAUGUUGGAUCUGACCAACAAGAAAAUAAUAAAGCCUGCAACAGUGGAAAGUGACGAGGCAAGAAUACAGGAAGAGCGGGAACGACAAAUCUUGGAAACAAUAUACAUUACAUCAGAUCAAGUUCCAUUUUCACCAGCCGAACCUGAUGAAAAUAUACAGCAAAAUCGAAAUAAUAUAACAUCUCAGGAAAUAAUCUUAAAUGCAGAAUCUGAUGAAGAGGAUAUUGAAGAAGAUAUUGGAGAUAAUGAUUCAGAAAGUCGACCUUUUAUUUCUGAAGAAUUAUUUACACAGUUAUUAGAUAUAUAUACAAAAUGGCAAGCUAUGCAACAGAAUCCAUCCGUAUUUUCGUCAAAUAUGGUCGGAAUAGAAACCAAAACUUUAGUAAAUAAUCUACCAGGCAUACCAAUCCCUUCACAACUUCCUACAACCCAACAACAACCAACUACAUGGAACUUUGAAGCAAGCUCAAUAAUAAAUUAUCAUCAACCACCACCACCAUCAGGGAUUCAACCACCCGCAUCGCAACAACCCAUAUUUCCACAACAAUACCCAACGAACAAUAUGCCAAAUCAACCACCGACAUAUCAGUAUUCAAACUUUUUUCCUCCGGCCAAUCAGAAUAAAGAAUUUUAUCCGCAACAUAAAGAACCAGGGUUACCACAACCUCAACCCACAUAUAACGGUGAUUCACCAAAUCGUCCAUACACUGAACCAGGGUUUGGACGACAAUCACAACAACCUCAAGCAUCCACGGUUGGUAGGAGCGGAAGAGGAAGGGGUGGACGGCCAAGAGGUGGGGGUCAAACCGAAUCAGGAAGGCCAGUUAGUGGGAGAGGAUCAGAAUGUUGGUACUUUAAGUCAGGAAGAUGUAAUUUGGGUGAUGAUUGUAAAUUUCUACAUGUUGAUUACAAAGAAAAUUAUUGA